AGCGUCUCCGUUAACGAUAAAAGUUUCGGAGAUAGUGAUCGUGAAUUAAAUCGAAAUUAAAUCGAUAAAGAUCACACAAAACCCAUAAGUCGAAUAUGUUAUAAAGUUAUUAUUAUUAUAGUUACGAAUAAAUAAACAUUAGGAACUGGGCACCAAAAUGGAUCCCAGUGAAGUAAAACAUAAUCCCAAUCCAAGGGAAAAUGCGAAUAUAUUUUCAAUUUUAUUUUUUGGGUACACAAUCCCUACAUUCAGAACAGGAAUGACAAAAGUUAUUGAUGUAGAUGACGUAUAUAAUACUCUUGAAGGUGACAGAAGUGAUUAUCUAGGAAACAGAUUGGAAAAAAAUUGGAAUACAGAAACAGAAUUAGUAAAAAAAGGAGCAAAGAAUAAACCCAGUCUGAUAAAAGCUAUCGUGAAGACAUUUUGGGUAGAAUACGCUUUCUUAGGUUUAUUAACUGCUUGCAAUGACUUAGGAUUAAGAACAUUUCAACCUUACAUGUUAGGAGGAAUAUUAGAUUACUAUGCACCUGGAUCUACCAAAUCCAAAUUCGAAGCUUACAUGUAUGGAAUCGGUAUGGUAACGUUUACUUUUAUGAGUUCUCUGAUUCUGAAUCAAUAUGUCACAAAUGCAGCGCAUAUUGGGAUGAAAAUGCGAGCAGCAGCUUGUGCAGUGGUUUACAGAAAGGCUACAAGACUGAGUAGAACUGCCCUAGGAGACACCCCUGCAGGAAAGGUGGUCAACCUGUUAUCCAACGAUGUGGCAAGAUUUGAAAUGGCCUCUAUAAUGAUUCAUAAUAUGUGGAUUGGACCCAUUUCUGCAGUAAUUGUGAUGUUUAUGUUAUAUCAACGAUCAGGAUUGUCAGGCGUUGCUGGAAUUUUAGUGGUAGUCUUAAUGGCACCACUGCAAGCAUAUUCUGGGAAACUAGCUUCCAAAUACAGAAAAAUGACAGCACUAAAGACAGACGAGAGAAUAAGAUUAAUGGACGAAGUUAUUCUUGGAAUACAAGUUAUCAAAAUGUAUGCAUGGGAGAUACCGUUCCAAAAAGUUGUUGGGUUGGCAAGAAGUGCUGAAAUCAAAAUAGUUCAGCGAAAUGCCUACAUUAGAGCCUUUUUUAUGACUCUUGGUAUGAUCACAACUCGACUAGCCCUAUUUGCGACACUGUUAACAAUUAGUUUAUCUGAAGAAGAGAUAAGCGCUGCUAAGGUCUUCGUAUUGAUGUCAUAUUUUAACCUCUUGUCUUCAACGCUUAGUGGAAUUUUAGUCAGAGGAGUUACAGAGUUAGCUGAGUUGUACACGUCAAUAAAACGUUUACAGGAAUUUUUAGAAAAUGAUGAAUACAAAUACCAACAACUGGAUACAGUUAUAAGCAAAACAACUGAGAACUCAAAAGCUGCUAUAAAAAUUGAGAAUCUAACUGCUAGGUGGAAUUCCUCGAGCAGUGAUUGUACACUGUAUGAUAUUAAUUUAGAGGUGGGCACAGGAAAACUUAUCGGUAUUAUAGGACCAGUUGGAGCUGGAAAGAGUUCUUUGUUACAAACUUUGUUGGGAGAAAUGGAUAUAGUUCAAGGUUCUAUAGCCGCUAAUGGAGAUUAUUCAUACGCAUCUCAAGAGCCAUGGAUUUUCUCGGCCACCAUUAGACAAAACAUCCUCUUUGGCGCCGACUUCGACAAAAAAAGAUACAAAGAAGUAAUUCGAGUAUGUGCCUUAGCAAAGGACUUAGAACAAUUUCCAGAAGGAGAUUUUACCAUUGUCGGCGACAAAGGUGCUUCAUUGAGUGGAGGCCAAAAGGCCAGGAUCAACUUAGCUAGAGCUGUUUAUAGACAAAAAGAUGUGUAUUUGCUAGACGAUCCAUUAUCUGCUGUAGAUAUUCAUGUGUCGAAAGUGUUGUAUGAACAAUGUUUUAACGGAUUUUUAAAAAAUAAAACAAGGAUUUUGGUAACACAUCAAGUACAUUAUUUGAAAACUGCCGAUAAAAUCAUUAUUUUAAAUAACGGAAAAAUUGAAAAUCAAGGAACCUUUAACGAACUAGUGAAAAGUGAUAAUGAAUAUGCCAAACUACUUACAGCUGAACCAGAAUUAAAUGAGGAAGAGAAAGCCAAAGAAAUCGAAUUAGUUAGGCAAAUUUCAAGGGUAUCUAAAACGAGUCGAAAAGCUUCUCUUGCCAGUAUAAUAAGCUCCAAAAGUUUUGUUGAAAGUAUGUUAGACGGGGACGAUGAUGACGACGACAGUGAUGACGAAAGUAGAAAACCCGAAAUGAAAGAUUUACAGGAGGAAACUUCCAAAGGAAAGGUGUUCGGUUCUCUUUUGAUUCAAUAUUUAAGAACAGGAGCCAAUUUCUGCAAUGUUGUGAUGAUGUUAAGUCUUUUUAUUUUCGUCCAAGCUAGUGGAAGUCUAGUCGAUUAUUUUGUGAGCUUUUGGACCAGUAUAGAGGAUGCACGCAAUGCUAAAGUUCUGGAGGCUACUACACUUGCUAACCUUAAUUUUACUGGGGUUACAGAUAUACCAAGUACUGUUUCCGAUAAUGUUACUGAUAUUGCUAGUACAAUCACACCAAAACCCGUUUGGAAAUCAAUUUUAGACUAUUCAAAUUGGAGUAGUGAAACGUGCCUUUAUAUCUACGGAGCUCUUAUUGUAGUGGUAGUACUGCUAACACUUGCAAGAUCUUUUUCGUUUUAUUCUAUGGUGAUGUCAUGUUCCAGAAACCUUCAUAAAUUCCUAUUUCAAGGAAUAAUUUAUGCUAAAAUGCGAUUCUUUGAUACAAAUCCAAGUGGAAGAAUUCUUAACAGGUUUGCUAAAGAUGUUGGUCUUAUUGACGAAGCUAUACCAAAGGUUCUGUUGGAUGGUGGUACGAUGUUGCUUCAAAUGGUUGGUUCUUUGGUACUUGUAGCUGUCGCUAAUCCUUAUGCUAUAAUAAUGGGGGCUAUUCUUGCAUUUUUAACGGGAUUAAUAAGAAAACUGUAUUUAACCACAUCCAGAAAUAUCAGAAGAGUUGAAGGAAUACUAAGAAGUCCAAUCUAUACACACCUUAACUCAACUCUGCAAGGAUUACCAACAAUCAGAGCACUUAGGACCGAGAAAACUUUGCAAAACGAGUUCGAUAAACUUCAAGAUUACCACAUAAGUAUAUCGUUUACCUCCAUUGCUUGUGGUUCAGCCUUUGGAUUCAGUUUGGACAUGUUUUCAUGUAUCUUCAUUACCGUACUGAUCUUUAGUAUUCUUACAUUUGACGAAGCUAUGGGUAUCACUGGUGGUGCCGUUGGUUUGGCAAUUUCACAAGCUUCUUCUCUAACGGGUAUGAUACAAUACGCUAUGAGAAUUACAGCAAACAUUUCGAAUCAGCUGUUAUCUGUGGAGAGAGUUCUAGAAUAUAAACAACUUCCGCCAGAACCUGAACCAUCGAAACCAAAACCUUUACCGAAAAAUUGGCCCGUUUCCGGAAAAAUUGAGUUCAAAUCAAUGAAACUAAAAUAUUUCGAGGAUGGGCCCACUAUUAUCAAGGAUUUAACAUUAAAGAUUAGGGACAAAGAAAAGGUGGGAAUUGUCGGCCGCACUGGUGCAGGUAAAUCAUCUCUGAUUGCUGCUCUAUUUAGAUUAGCAAAUAUCGAAGGGUCAAUCAUAAUUGAUGGCAUGGAUACCGGCGAAAUAACAUUAAAAGAUCUAAGAUCUAAAAUUUCAAUUAUUCCACAAGACCCCGUGUUGUUCUCAGGAACCUUACGAUACAAUCUUGAUCCCUUUGAAGAAUACACCGAUGAACAACUUUAUAGGGCUUUAAUGGAAGUAGAACUUAAAGAUCCAAAUAAUAUUAUUAAUAAACUUGAAAAUAGAGUGAUGGACCGAGGGUCGAAUUAUAGUGUUGGGCAGAGACAACUGAUUUGUUUGGCAAGAGCGAUCAUAAGGAAUAACAGAAUUCUGAUGUUAGAUGAAGCUACGGCAAAUGUGGAUCCUCAGACUGAUGCACUCAUUCAAAAAACAAUACGAACGAAAUUCGCAAAUUGUACAGUCUUAACAGUAGCUCACCGGCUGAACACGAUCAUGGACUCUGACAGAGUGCUAGUUAUGGACCAAGGAACAGUGGCAGAAUUCGAUCACCCUCAUAUUUUGCUACAAAAUGAAGAUGGAAUAUUUACAAAUAUGGUUGAAGGAACCGGCAAAGCAGUUUCCGAUCAAUUAAAGAGGAUUGCUCGGGAUACAUAUGAGAAAAGUGUUGUUUAGGACCAAUCAAUGUGAUAAUGUUAAUUUAUUAGUAUUUGUUGUAUCUCAUAAUUUAUAAAUUAUUUUAAUAGACUUUUUUUAUUUA